CUAGGCUGCAUGGCUUCAUAGAGGAUGAAGACCAACCCUGCCAGCUCCUCACUAGAAACCUGUCGAGUUGCAGGACAGGAAGAGAAAGGCUGCCCUGUCUGUCAGGCCUGUGGAGGGGCCUCAGGCCUGGGGUCUGCUUUGGGGUCAGGGUCAGGUUUUAGACCUGGUCCUGAGACUGUUCCAGGGUCUGGGCCAGGAUCUAAAGCUGUUUCUGUGACUGGUGCUACUUCAGGGCCUACUCUGGGACCCACACUAGGAGCAGGAUCAUUACCUGGACUGGGAGCUAGGUCUGGACCCAGGCAAGGAGCUGAGACAGUACCUGGAUCAGUACCUCAGCCAGGAACUGGGUCAGUACCUCAGUCAGGAGCUGGGUCAGUACCUCAGUCAGGAGUUGGGUCAGUACCUGAGCUAGUAAGUGUGUCGGUACCUAGACCAGGAGCUGUACCAUUACCUGGGCUGAGGCUAGAGCCUGGGACCAGACGAGGUUCUGGGACUGGUUCUAACCCCAGUGAAUCAGUGGCAACCCCAGAACCAGCGCUGCAGCAGAAGACUGGGGCCAAAUCCACACAGGCCCCCAGACAGAAGGUUCUGGUGACCGGAGGAGGAGGCUACUUGGGGUUCAGCCUGGGCUCCAGCCUGGCCAAGAGAGGCACUUCUGUCGUCUUGCUUGACCUUCGCAGACCCCAGUGGCCGCUACCCCCAGGAACCGAGUUUGUCCAGGCUGAUGUCCGAGAUGAAGAAGCCCUGUACCAAGCCUUCCAGGGGGUGGACUGUGUUUUUCACGUGGCCUCCUACGGCAUGUCUGGGACUGAGAAGCUACAGAAACAGCAGAUUGAGUCUAUAAAUGUCGGAGGCACCAGACUAGUGAUUAAUGUCUGUGUCCGUCGGCGGGUUCCAAGGCUCGUGUACACCAGCACAGUCAACGUGACAUUUGGUGGGAAGCCCAUAGAGCAGGGCAAUGAGGACUCUGUCCCAUACUUCCCCCUGGACAAGCACAUGGACCACUACUCUCGAACCAAAGCCAUUGCUGACCAGUUGACUCUCAUGGCCAAUGGGACACCUCUCCUAGGAGGAGGCACCCUGCGCACCUGUGUGCUCCGCCCCCCAGGGAUCUAUGGCCCUGAAGAACAGAGACACCUACCCCGGGUUGCGAGCCACAUCAAGAAGAGACUUUUCAUGUUCCGGUUUGGGGAUCGCAGGACACGCAUGAACUGGGUCCACGUGCAGAAUCUGGUGCAGGCGCACAUGCUGGCCGCUGAGGCUCUCACCAUGGCUAAGGGCUAUGUGGCUAGCGGGCAGGCAUACUACAUCAACGACGGGGAGAGCGUCAACCUCUUUGAGUGGAUGGCCCCACUGUUUGAGAAGCUGGGGUACAGUCAGCCCUGGAUCCAGGUACCAACUUUCUGCGUUUAUCUGGCAGCUGCAGUGAUGGAGUACCUGCACCUGGCCCUGAGGCCCAUCUGCAUCAUCCCCCCACUACUUACCCGCAGUGAGGUGCUCAGCGUGGCCGUGACGCACACCUUCCAGAUUGCCAAGGCCCGCGCUCAGCUUGGCUACGCUCCGGACAAGUUCAGCUUCGCCGACGCAGUGGAGCGAUAUGUGCAGGCCACGACCCCGCAACGCCGUGGCUUCACCAUGCUGACGCUCCUGAGGCUGCUGCUCCUGCUGCUGUUACUGCUCAGCCUGCUAGGCCUUGCCCUGCACUUCCUAGGGCUGCAGCCUUUGCAAGGUGCAGUGCAGCUCCUCUGACCCCGCCCCUAAUCCCGGGCUCUCUGAGUUUAUACCUGGCUUUGAACUCCUGAUUCAGACACGCCCCUGAUUCUUGACCCCGCCCCUUUAUCUGGCCACGCCCUGCCCCCAUCUUGUUUUCAGGCUUGUAUUCGUCCUCCACUCACUUUCUUUACCCCGCCCCCUGAGUCUCAGCCACAUUUCCUCGCCCUUGGCUUCCUUACUCAGCG